AUGCCUCAUACAGAAGAGUUUACGCAGGCCGCAACUCCCAAACUUACCCCCAUUUCCAUCACUUGUCCACCACAAAUGCACUACACUCCACCAGCAUUCGACUUUUAUACAAAGUCUGGAUCUGACGCAUGCCUAUCGCCUUCCCCAUAUCCAUUUGAGUGCAUACCGCUCGAGAGAUUAGUCAACAUAGAGUAUUUGGGACAAUAUGAUUUAGAUUCCGUUUAUCGUGCUGUUUGGUUGGAUGGUCCCCUAGACUUGUCUUCAAAGAUUUGCGGAAAAAGGUGUGGAAAGACUGGCGUUAUUCUAAAAAGAGUUCAGUGUAUAAGGAGAUUAGUUGGAAAGUUGCAAGCUUAUGUAAACUGCCCGUCAAAUAACACUAUGGAGAUCUAUGCCGUAUCUCAUGACUUCUCCACCAACUCAUAUUACAUAGUGUUCAACCAUCCGAUCCGCUCUCUUGCUUCUGAACUUUCACGACACUCAUCCCAUCUGACAGCGUUCCAUAGAAUAUCGAUCUUAUCUAUUAUUGCACGGGCGGUAGCUGACAUGCAUGCAUCAGGACAAGUGCAUGGAAACUUACAUUCGGGGAACAUUUUUAUCAAAGAUAAGAUCUUCAACUCUAAAGGAGCGAGUAAACCAAAUGAAGCAGUCGAGCAUCCAGAUGACAAAAUUGGGACAGACUUUGAGGAUUACAAUGAAGGACCGAAGCGGUUGUCAAACGGUUCGGACGCUACUGUUGUCCCGGACGAUACAAAUGUUUCGGAAGCUACAAUUGUCUCGUCGAGCCCGAGCACACCUUACUUUCCCAAAUCUCCAUUCUGCCCGUAUCCUUCCGACCAUCCAACAAGUGACCUCGUUCAGGAUUAUUUAAUACCAGACGCUUACGUGAUCUCUCUCAGCGAACCGGUUCCUCAAACACCGCACACACCAUCGACAACGUUAAUGUUUUCUCCUCCACUUCCAUAUUCUGCUCCCGAAAUCCUGCACGGCCUCCCCUAUACAAAAGCGUUCGACGUGUAUUCACUAGGAAUACUCAUGUGGGAGUUAAUGACGAACGAAAUGCCGUUUCAAAACCGAAGACCAGACUCUUCACUGGCUAUCGACAUAUCCGAAGGUCUAAGGCCAGAUUAUAAUGCAGAUUUUUAUCGGCGUGGAAAGCUCCCUUGGAAGUGGGUCGAACUCAUGAGACAGUGUUGGGACCAGUCACCGGAGAACAGACCAUCGGCUGAGAGAGUGUAUGCCAUCGUCGAUUGUUGGCGUUGGGAUCGAGCGAUGAUUGAGGAAAUGGAAAAUGUUUGGCAAGAAAGAUGCUGGAGUUAA